CGGAAGUAACAAAUGAAAUCGUUUCUACUUUAUCUCCGUCGGAAGAUGUGCGUAAAAGGAAAUUCCCGGUACUGAUAGUUGAAAUACCGGAACAAUGAGCGAGUAGAACAACCAAAUACUUUCGAAAUCGAAGCCACUAGAAGUCGCCACGGUGCUUAAUAUAUUUUUUUAUUCCCGCUCCAUUCAUCGUCGAAUAAUGGGCACCGAAUUAAAAAAAGAAUAACACAUGUGUUAGGUUACCCGGCUUAUUUGGGUAUACUCUAAAAUUCGGCGAACUUGUUUUAUCGUUUACUUUAAUGAGUUUACGAUAAGCUUAAAAGUUUUAAGCGAUAAUAAAAUACCUUCCGAACUGUGACAGUCAUGGAGGAGCUGUUGAGUACCUUAAAUCAUAGAAUACUGGCGACCAAAGAGAACCAUGAACUUGUCAACAGAUUUUCGAAACUUGAAACUGACGAAGAAAGGAUGAUAUUUGCACUGAAAUUGCUGAGCAAGUACGACCUUCUGCCCACCUAUGAAUCGAAAUAUAAAAAUUCUGAGGAAUCGACAAAACUGCGAGAACAAGGAAACAGAGUAUUCAUCGGAGGAUGGGAUUAUAAAGCGAUCGAAAAAUAUACCGAAAGCAUUGCCUAUGCCAUAGAAUCUUCAGAGGAACUAGCGUUGGCAUAUGCCAAUAGAUCGGCAGCACUAUUCAGAAUGGAAAAGUAUGAAGAAUCAAUAGGCGACAUUGACAGAGCUCUGAGUUUAAAAUAUCCAGACAAGUUGAAAACAAAAUUAUUUGAACGAAAGGGUUUAUGUUUGACGGCAUUAGGCAGACCCGACGCGGAAGCCUCGUUCAAAGAAGCUCUAAAUUGGCUUGAUAAAAUGUCUUUGAGCGAAGAAAAAACUAAGAAAUUAAAAAAUCAGAUUAAAACCUUUAUUUCAGCCCCGUGUGCAUUUAUAGAGCUUCCAGCCAUACCAAUAGAAUAUCAAUUGCCAGAAAUAACAAGUCUGAAUAAAGAAGUUCCUUGCGCGUCAGACGCUUUAGCGAUAAGGUAUUCAAACGAGCUAGGUAGACAUCUUGUUGCCACUCGUAAAAUAAAACCUGGCGAAAUUCUAGCUGUAGAAAAACCGUUCUGUUCAAUCCUCAUGCCUGAAAACAUUUACACACAUUGCUCCAAUUGCUUGCAAGUAUCGUGGGCCAUGCAUCCAUGCAAAUAUUGUGUUUAUGCGAUGUAUUGUUCAGACACUUGUAAAGAUCAAGCAUGGAACGAAUAUCAUGAUGUGGAAUGUGGGGUUGUGGGGUCGUUGCUGAAUUUACAAUUACACAUGCAGGGCUUGUUUGGCAUGCGACUAGCUAUUGUGGCAACAGAAAAAUCAGAGAACUGGAAGGAAUUAAAAAAAAAACUCGCCAAAAUUGAUCAUAGCGAAGAUCCACGUACCAGAGGGUUUUCUGAGGAUGGGAAGUUUCACAGUGAUCAGUAUGGUAGCCUUUACAGUCUGGUAACAAAUACCAAUAAACGAUCGGUACAAGACCUUUUUGGAAGGGCAUUUAAUGCUGCGUGUAUAACGUAUGUACUAAGUCGCGAGAGCAACCUAUUUGACAAGGAACUGAUGCUAGAUACUGAUUCAUUGGCCGAAAGCCCCAAAGCCACAUUCAUUGGUGGACUGAUAUUAAAACAUCUCCAAAUAAUCCCUAGUAACAUUCAUUCGUUUGGGGAGCUUCGUGGUCUAGAAGACUAUGAACGUGGAGCUGCAGCGAUGCCGUUUUAUAGUCUCAUCAAUCAUAGUUGUGAUCCAAAUGUUACAAGACAAUCUCGCCCCGAACAUAUUGUUUUAUAUGCUCUGUAUCCCAUUGCAGAAGGUGAACAGAUAUUUGACAAUUAUGGGCUACACUAUGCUUUGACGGUGAAGAGCGAGAGACAGGAGAAACUUCGAAAGCAAUUCUACUUCGAUUGCGAAUGCACACCUUGUAGAGAAGAAUGGCCUUUGUAUGACCAAUUACCCAGUUAUCAGAAACAAACUUUGACGCAACACAACAAAAACCGGCUCAGUAAGAUUCUGCAAAAACACAACAGAUAUAUUGAACUUGCAUAUGAUGGUAAAAUUGAGAACGAUCCAAAUAUGCUGCAGAAUUUGAUAAAGAUGAUCGAAUUACUGUUCGAACUUGUUCAAAGACCGUGUAUUGAAAUUAAUAACGUUGUGGAGACCGUAAAACGUGUUUAUGCCUUAGAAGGAAACAGAUUCGAUGUACCAGACAAACCAUAUCCGAAGAAAGCCUGACUACUACUAGGAGAAAAGUAAGGGUCUCGACAUUUAUCUGUGAAAAAACCUGCAGUAUGAAGAAUGAAACGAUACGUGCUUCAAUAUUUGGAUACUGGCAUUAGGGUGUACAGCAUUUUUCACUUUUUCAAACAAUCAUUUAUGUUACAAUUAUUUUUUUUAUUGUAAAUCAUCCAAUGACUGAAGUUCCAACUGCUAGCAAGCAGCACGUUUCUGAUACUGAUGCAACUGUGUUGAAAACAAUGAUUAACGAAUUCGCGAUGUACGUACUUAAAUUAUUCACGCAUUAAUCAUUAAGUAGAUUAGAACGAAGUAAACACUGCGCAAACAAAAGAACUGACGAUGAAAUCAGAUAGUUUUUAUACGAAUCUCUAUUCUGUUUUAUACAAAUAUAAGUUUUAUAUUGUGUAUAACAAUCCUUGGUGCUUGAACAAAUAUAUUAUACAUGUAGAUAUAAAUUAAUUGUUAUAUCCAUUGAAAAAUGUUUCUAAAGAAAUAUGUUCCACUUUUAUGAUGUUAUUACAGUAUUAUGUGUUACUAAUUUUCAAAUAAUUUAAAAAAAUAAAGUUGAA